AUGCAGUACUUGUGAAAAUACCACGGGCUCCCGUGUCCUAAUAGACAAGGCGUCUGUCUGAGGUCUAAGCAGAAGAAUGCCGGUUCAAAUGCCGUUGGGGCGUUGAGGAUAUGCUCGGAAAUUGAGAAAAUAUCACCCGCCCAAUCGCUUUAUGAACAAAUUGUCUGUGUUGUAAUGAGAAAAAUGCGGGUAAGUGUUGAGGUGCUGAAUGCUCUCAAAAUGUUUCGCUUAGAUUGUUCAAAUGAGCCCCGUUCUCGAGAGGGUGGAGCAAUGUUUGGUCCGUCAGAAAGUAUCGUCGGCCCCGUGUCCGAAUGCACCAAGCGUCUGACUUCUAGGAAGAACAAUGCAUGUUUGAGGCCCGUCGCGGUUAGUACAGAAGCUGAGAUCUCAGCUCCCCUUCAUAACCAGCAGCACACUCCUGCACUAUUUGUCUGCAGACGCAAUGAAAUAAUGGGAAGGUGUCUGGCUUGUUAUCAGAAAGCUGGAGCUUCCCGCUCAGAUCACAGUCGGGACUUAGACUUGAGUUGUCAUCGAGUUCUGGAUUGA